UUGUGAGCAAAUAUACAUAUUGCUUCAGUCAGUAGAACAAGUUUGUUUCGGGAGUUUGGUGAAGUAACACGCGUUCAUCAUGUACUUUAAGGCAAUUGUUGCACUAUUUACAAUAGGAUUUGUAAAUUGCGAAGUAUUUUUCGAGGAAAAAUUCGAAAAUGAAAAUUGGAAAGACGAAUGGGUCUACAGUAAACAUCCUGGCAAGGAGUUCGGCAAAUUUAUUCACUCAGCAGGCUCAUUCUUCAACGAUGCUGAAGCAGAUAAAGGCAUCCAAACAUCACAGGACGCUCGAUUCUAUGCGUUAUCCAGAAAGUUCGACGCCUUCUCAAAUAAAGAUAAACCAUUAGUAAUUCAGUUCUCUGUGAAGCAUGAGCAGAAUAUCGAUUGUGGAGGCGGUUAUGUGAAGCUGUUCGACUGCUCCCUGGACCAGACUGAUAUGCAUGGCGAGUCGCCCUACGAGAUUAUGUUCGGACCCGAUAUCUGUGGGCCCGGUACCAAGAAAGUGCAUGUUAUUCUCAGCUAUAAGGGCAAAAAUCAUUUGAUCAACAAGGAUAUCAGAUGCAAGGAUGACGUCUAUACCCAUUUCUACACUCUAAUUAUUAAGCCCGACAACACCUAUGAGGUGCUGAUCGACAAUGAGAAGGUGGAGUCUGGAAACCUUGAAGAUGACUGGGACUUCUUGGCGCCCAAAAAGAUUAAGGAUCCCAACGCAAGCAAACCAGAUAACUGGGACGAUAGGGCAACCAUUCCUGACCCAGACGACAAGAAGCCCGAAGAUUGGGACAAGCCACAGCACAUUCCAGAUCCCGAUGCCACCAAGCCUGAGGAUUGGGACGAUGAAAUGGAUGGCGAAUGGGAGCCACCAAUGGUAGACAAUCCUGAAUACAAGGGCGAAUGGCAGCCUAAGCAAUUGGACAAUCCCAACUAUAAGGGCGCAUGGGAGCAUCCAGAAAUCGACAAUCCUGAAUAUAGUCCAGACGAUAAUCUCUAUCUGCGCAAUGAGAUCUGCACAUUGGGCUUCGAUUUGUGGCAAGUUAAGUCAGGCACGAUAUUCGACAAUGUCCUCAUCACUGAUGACAUCGAACUGGCAGCCAAGACAGCAGCUGGCGUUAAGGACACGCAAGCUGGCGAGAAGAAAAUGAAGGAACUGCAGGAUGAAGUCCAGAGGAAGAAGGAUGAAGAGGAGUCGAAAAAGAACGCAGACAAUCAGGAUGAGGAUGAUGACGACGAUGAUGAGGAAAAUGCCGACGCGAAGUCCGAUUCAGAAGAAAAUGGCCAUGAUGAAUUGUAAUUAACAUCUCAAAAUCAGCGUGCGCGUGGUCCGAAUUAAAGUUGCUUGGCGAGUGGUUGCAAGCAUCUUUUA